UCUCACUCUGUUUGACCUAACCCUAAUCCCCAAACUAUUAUUGUACUUUUUAACUCAUCUCCUUCCUACCUCAACAUAUAUUCAUUUAUACUUUUAUUUACACAAAACUCCAAACAAACACUCCUCCAUCCAAAAAAAUUACAGAUCGAUUCUCUCAUCUCCCGAUUCAAUUCAGAUCAUUAAAUCAUACAUGAUUAAUUCCAUUUCCAGCUGCUUCUCAAACUCCAUCUGUUUCUUAUUCAAUUUCGGAAAAAUAUGAACUCUUCGCUCUAAUUUAGGGUUACUACUUAACGUCUAUACGUAUGUGUAAGUAUCGGAAAUUUUAGAGAAAUUAUUGUAUUGUAUAACAAGAAUGGAUCAUCUCGCCGGCGGCCGCCCUCUGCCGCCGCCGUUCCAGCCUAGGGAUCUGCACCUCCACCACCAAUUCCUCCACCUUCAGAACGCCGCCGCUGCCGACGGCGGGAGCAGCGCCUGCAGCAGGGAUCCGGACGAGAACAAUAACAACUUCGGCGAAUCGAGAACGGUCAGCGGCGGUCAGCUGGAAGUCACGCGCAGGCCACGUGGCCGACCAGCCGGCUCGAAGAACAAGCCGAAGCCGCCGAUCAUCAUAACUCGGGACAGCGCCAACGCACUCAAAUCGGUUGUGAUUGAAAUCGCGGGCGGCUGCGACAUCCAUGACAGCCUCUCCACCUUUGCCACGCGCCGCCAGAAGGGGAUCUGCAUCCUCAGCGCCACCGGCACCGUCGCCAACGUUACCCUCCGUCAGCCGGCGGCCCCCGGUGCCGUCCUCCCCCUACAAGGCCGGUUCGAGAUCCUAUCCCUCUAUGGUUCGAUCCUUCCGCCGCCGGCUCCGCCGGCCGCCUCCGGACUUACGAUAUACCUCGCCGGCGCACAAGGGCAGGUCGUCGGCGGUGCCGUCGCUGGCCCGCUGAUGGCCUCCGGGCCCGUCGUAAUCACGGCGGCGUCGUUCAGCAACGCAGCCUACGAGCGCCUGCCGUUGGAGGACCACGACGACACUCAGGCCGCCGCCCCCGGCGGCCCUCCGGCUGCGGUCAACGACGAGAAUGAAGAUUUAUAUCAAGGAAUGACUCAGAAUCCGGCGAAUUCAGGCCAAUUGACGUCGGAGGGUUACAAUUGGGGGACGAAUCGUGAGCAGUUUUGAUGAAUUCGAUCUAAAAUUUGGGAGAUUAAUUUUAUUUUGAAGAAACAAUAAUUAUUAAUAUAAUUACAAUAAUUGAAGAGGGUUUGUGUUUGAAUUUUGUCUAUUUUUAAUUAUUUUAAUUUGCGGUUUUUUCGAAAAUGAGCUGUUUUUAAAAAGGAGUUGUGCAGUAUUAGGUGUUCCUCUACAGUUGGUGACGGUGCUGUUCUUACGAUUUGAACAUGGAUGGGAAUGGAUAUGGAUGUAGCAACAUGAAGAAGACAGACCAGGAGAAAGGCUGAGGAUGGUAUAAUAAAGAAAUAUUACAAUCAAUAAUUAUAUUUUAUUUGAAAUGUACAUUAAAAAAAAAGUUUUAUUUAUUUAAACUAUAGUAUAAAUAUUUAUUUAUAAACAACAUUCUGCAUGCAUCGGAUUCAUGUUG